AUGGUCCAGCGCACUGCGAUCGUCACCGGUUCGGCACGGGGCAUUGGGAAAGCCAUUGCCCUCCGGCUCGUACAAGACGGCUACUCGGUGUGCAUCAAUGACAUCCCCAGCAGCCAGGACGCUAUCGACGCGACAGUGAAUGAACUCAGAACUGCCGUCCGUCAGCCUGACCAACCAGCUGAAAUAGCGCUAUCUCGCGUGAUUGGAGUCGCGGCAGAUGUCACUUCCUCCACGCAAGUUGAGAGGCUCGUGAAGGAGACAGUGGAGAAACUGGGUCCCCUAACGCUCAUGGUCGCCAAUGCCGGAAUCGCGCAGGUGAAGCCGCUCCUGGCCGUGACGGAGGAGGAUAUUGACAGUGUUCUGUCGGUGAAUGUCAAGGGGGUGUUUAACUGCUAUACGCAGGCAGCCCGCCAGAUGAUCGCGCAGGGCAACCCGACUGAAGUAGCUGGGGUGGGCGUGUAUAAGAUCCUGGGCGCGGCAUCGAUCGUGUCGCAUAAACCAUUCCCAACGCUGGGUAUGUACUCGGCCAGUAAGUGGGCGGUGCGAGGUCUGACUCAGGCCAUGGCGAUGGAAAUGGCACCAAAUAAAAUAACUGUCAAUGCGUACGCGCCGGGAAUUGUGGACACGGCGAUGUGGGAGCAGAUUGACGACGGGCUGGGGGCGCUGGAGGGCCGCGGAAAAGGGGAGAGCCUCAAGCUGUACUCCGACCGCUUCAUCGCGCUGGGGCGGACGAGCAGGCCAGAGGACGUGGCGGGUCUAGUUGGGUUCUUGUCUGGACCAGACUCGGACUAUGUGACGGGGCAGACAAUGCUGGUGGAUGGGGGGGUCAUCUUCACGUAG